AUGUACUUUGGUGUUUCAACCUAUACUGGAACUAUAUAUGCAACAUAUACAAGUGUUCAACCUCCUAAUGGAAUAAGCUUCUUUGGAAACAUAUCAGGAAGAGCUUCUGAUGGCCGUCUCAUAAUUGAUUCUAUAACUGAAGAACUUAAACUACCAUAUCUAAGUGCAUAUUUGAACUCAGUUGGAUCAAACUACAGGCAUGGUGCCAACUUUGCAGUAAGCGGCGCAUCUAUUCGUCCCCGUGGUUAUCAUCUAUUCAAUCUUGGACUUCAAGUAUCUCAAUUCAUAUUGUUCAAGUCACACACCAAGAUUCUGUUUAAUCAACUCUCUAACAACAGGACAGAACCAUCUCUCAAAAGUGGUCUUCCAAGGCCUGAGGAUUUCUCUAAGGCCCUUUACACAAUUGAUAUUGGACAAAAUGAUCUUGCUCAUGGUUUUCAAUACACUUCAGAGGAACAAGUUCAAAGGUCAAUUCCUGAAAUAUUGAGCAAUUUCUCCCAAUCAGUGAAGCAACUAUACAAUGAAGGUGCAAGAGUGUUCUGGAUACACAACACAGGUCCAAUUGGAUGUUUGCCUUUCAAUUACUACACUUAUAAGCACAAGAAGGUAGAUGCCAAUGACUGUGUAAAAUCUCAAAACAAAAUAGCUAAGGAAUUUAACAAGAAGCUUAAGGAUCAAGUGUCUCAACUAAGGAAAGAACUCCUACAGGCCAAAUUUACAUAUGUUGAUAUGUACAAAGCCAAACAUGAACUAAUCAGCAAUGCAAAGAGCCAAGGUUUUGUUAGUCGUUUGGACUUCUGUCACAACCUUUACGGCAUAAAUGGAACUGUGAAUAGAUAUCCAUGUACAAAUCCUUCUCAAUAUAUUAGUUGGGAUGGUAUACACUACUCCCAAAGAGCAAACCAAUUGAUUGCUGAAAAAAUCAUCCAUGGAUCCUUCUCUCAUCCACAAGUUCCAAUUGGGAAUGCAUGUUUCUAA